AUGGUCGACGUUUCUCAGCUCAAUGCGUUUAGGCUAAAGUUUGGUUUUCAUCCUGCAGUAAGUAAUAUAACCAAUAAAAUCUGGGUGUUAUGGAAGUCGGAAUUUGCAGUUAAUGUAUUAAUUAAUUCAGAGCAAUUCAUUCAUGUAACUGUCACAAAUGUGUCUUGGAGGAGUGAGGUUUGUUGUUCUUUCGUUUACGCUAAGUGUUCUCCAGUUGAAAGGCGCAGUCUUUGGGCUGAUUUAAUGUCAAUCUUGGGGAACCUGGUGUCUAAGCCAUGGAUUGUGGGAGGAGAUUUUAACGUGAUAGCAGUUGAAGACGAAUACUUGAUUGAAGCUGAAAAGUGGGUAGGACCAGGCGCCUUCAAGUUCCAGCAUAUGUGGAUUAAACAUUUAGAAUUUUUGGGAGUGGUGGAGCAAAGCUGGAAACAGCCACUAGAAGGCUACGGAAUGUUUCUUUUUGCGCAAAAACUGAAACGGUUGAAGAGAGCUCUAAGUGAGUGGAAUAGGAACGUGUUUGGAAAUAUAUUUGAGAACAUAGCAAGGACUAAAGAGGAAGUUCGACAAAAAGAGCUACGACUGGAAGAGGAGGACAAUGAGGAAACGAGGAUACAAUUGAGUCAUGCUAAAGCCAAUCUACUUAAGUGUCUCGCAAACGAGGAAAUCUAUUGGAAGCAAAAGGAUAGGCUUGUAGAACUACUAAAAUCAUGUGAGUAUCGAACAUUGGCAAUUGGAGAUGGUGGAAAUGAUGUCAGGAUGAUACAACAAGCUCAUAUUGGGGUAGGCAUAAGUGGCAGAGAAGGAUUGCAGGCAGCUAGGGCAGCUGAUUAUAGUAUUGGAAAAUUUAGGUUUUUGAAAAGGCUUAUACUGGUCCAUGGGCGCUAUUCAUAUAAUCGUACAGCAUUUCUUUCUCAGUAUUCAUUCUAUAAAUCUCUACUCAUAUGUUUCAUCCAGAUCUUUUUCUCUUUGAUUUCAGGUGUCUCCGGAACCAGCCUAUUUAAUUCUGUUAGCUUAAUGGCUUAUAAUGUUUUCUACACCAGUGUCCCUGUAUUAGUAAAUGUUCUUGACAAAGAUCUUAGUGAGAGAACUGUCAUGCAGCAUCCUCAGAUAUUGUUCUACUGCCAAGCAGGAAGGCUUCUCAAUCCUAGCACAUUCGCUGGAUGGUUUGGUCGGUCCCUUUUUCAUGCAAUUGUUGUCUUUGUCAUCAGCAUACAUUCGUAUGCUUUUGAGAAAAGUGAGAUGGAGGAGCUUUCGAUGGUUGUUCUAUCUGGAUGUAUUUGGUUGCAAGCGUUUGUUGUUGCACUAGAAACCAAUUCCUUCACAAUAUUGCAACAUCUUGCAAUUUGGGGAAAUUUGGUUGCAUUUUAUGUGAUCAACUGGAUCGUCAGUGCUCUGCCAUCAUCGGGGAUGUAUACAAUAAUGUUUCGCCUUUGUAGGCAGCCGUCUUACUGGAUUACUAUGUUUCUAAUUGUGGUGGCUGGUAUGGGUCCUGUGCUGGCUCUAAAGUACUUUAGAUAUACAUACCGACCUAGUAAAAUUAACAUACUUCGACAAGCUGAACGAUUGGGAGGUCCCAUCUUGUCUUUGGGAAACAUAGAGCCGCAGUCUAGAGCCUUUGAGAAAGAAGUUUCACCUUUGUCAAUCUCCCAACCCAAGAGUCGGAGUCCCGUAUAUGAACCACUGCUAUCAGAUUCCCCAAAUGCGAUAAGGCGGUCUUUUGGACCUGGUGCCCCUUUCGAUUUCUUUCCGUCACAAUCACGGUUGUCUUCCAGUUAUGCAAGAAAUUGUAAGGAUAACUGAUAUUCCUAAACAAGAAACAGAAGUAGGUGAAUGAGUUGUACAAUAGAGACCUUUAGCUGGUAUUUGUUUUUGGAUUAGCCAGCGGUGUAUGUUGUAAUCGACCAUAGUUAUGGUAGCAAUUUUGUUUGUUGUAAAUUGUAAUUGUUGAGAGUUAUCACAGUUAGUAGGUUCGAUGGUUC